AUGAAUCCGUACCGUUGGUUUCCUGAGCUGUACACGGACGACAAGCGAAAGGAGUACCUCGUUUUUGAUCGGCCCAAGCUGGAUCCUCAUGUGUACACGACUUCUUCGUUUGCCUACUCAGGUCUCCAAGAGACGAAAUCCAAUCAAACCAUCUUGGUCUCCGGCGAGUCGGGUGCAGGCAAGACCGAGACCGUGAAGAUCUUGAUGGCCCACUUGGCUUUCAUGGCUUCCUCCGAUGACACGUCGCACAUCAAGCGUAUCGUUGAGUCCAAUCCCCUGCUGGAGUCGUUUGGCAAUGCGCAAACCGUGCGCAACGACAACUCCAGCCGCUUCGGUAAAUUCAUCGAGUUGCAGCUCGACAGUGGUUGCCGAUUGGAAGGCCGCGUGAACAAGCUUUCGUGGAAGUUCUCGUCCAUUGCAGAGGUUCUGUCGGCCAGGAUUCUGGCGUUUCGUGGCGGCAAGCCUUACUUGUUGCAGGGUGCAAUGUUUGCCCUGUUUUGCACGUUUGAGGAGCGAAAUUUUCAUAUCUUCUACCAGAUGCUUGCAGCUGAUGCGGAAACUCGCACAGCGAUUGGCUUGGGCGAUUCUUCGCUGUCCCGCGACGAGUCCUCGAAGCUGGCAGACUGUGCUGGACAGGCUGCAGCUGCAGCCCAAGUGCUGGCUGUAGAUGCCGGUCACCCAGGUUCGAUUGGCUGGUGGAGCAGAUCUGCCAAGCAACUGGUGCGCCACCUGAGCGCGCGAUUAGCUUUGUCGGACAUUUUCGGCUUCGAGUCCUUUGCCAUAAACCGCUUCGAACAGCUUUGCAUUAAUUAUGCAAACGAGAAGCUCCAGCAGAAGUUUACUCAUGACGUCUUCAAGGCCGUGCAGCAGGAAUACACUGCGGAAGGCAUCCCUUGGGAUCGCAUUGAGUUCAAAGACAACGCGCCAAUUUUAGCUUUGAUUGAGUCGAAGCUGGGCAUUGUGGCGAUGCUGAAUGAAGAGUGUGUUCGACCAAAAGGUUCGAACGAGAACUUCGUGUCCAAGUUGCUCUCGGUGCACAAGGAGGAUGGGGCCUUCUCGGUGCCCAAGCUGGGCAAGAUGAGAGAGCUACAGUUCUGCAUCCGCCACUACGCCGGUGAGGUGAUGUACACAGCGGAGGGCUGGCUGGAUCGGAACAACGACACUGUUUCCGAGGAUGUCAUAAACCUCAUGCGGGGCUCGGGAAACGAGCUUCUGGCCUCGCUGUUUACAGAGGAGUCCAAAGCAAAGCGGGACACUGUUGUCACCAAGUUCAAGACAUCGCUCUCGCAGCUGAUGGAAACCAUCGGGCAGACGAACACACAAUAUGUCAGGUGCAUCAAGCCCAACCAGAACAAGUCCCCUAGGGAAGUCAACAAUGAGAUGGUGGUCGAUCAGUUACGCUGCGCUGGCGUCAUAGAAGCCAUCCGCAUCUCAAGAGCAGGCUUUCCAGCGAGGAUGCCAUUGAGGGCAACCUGA